AUGCAUACAGUUAUUGACACGUUAUGGGAUUCACAUAUUAAUGAUGGUCCUCGUAACGUGCAAUGUACAGAAUAUUCACUCUACAAAGAGCAAAUUUCUACUGAAACGGAUAACAGUUGCGAUGAUUAUAUUGAACAGAUGGUAUUUGAACCUGUUGAUCAUAUUAGAGAUAUAAAUUUUUCGUCGACAACAAUAAAAGAAACAACAGAGGAAGGCUAUAUAAGAUAUUUGAAACAUUGGUUAAAGGAUAAUAAGCCAAUUUGUAUCACACCUUUCCAACAGGCGACGUGA